AUCAAUGCAGCGUUGACUGCAACAUCUAGAGGAAAACCCUCUCACUAUCCGAGCGGUACCGCCAACACACAUUGCUUACAUGGAAGGGGGGUUGUCGCGUAAAGUUGGAAGCGCCUUACGUUCGACGUCAAUUCACUUGGAGCAUUUUCUGAGUACAAGUCGCGUACGUUUGCGGCAACAUAUUCUAAAUAAGCAAGCAAACAUCAUUUGCUAUAGUCGCUAGCAAGAUUUGGUUCGUGGCGCGUUCACUUUUUUCCUCUGCAGUUCGGCGACUUGCCUGUGAAGUUCUACAGAUCGCUUGAAGAUUUAGAUAAUCGAACGGGCCUACCAUCCCAAAAGGUCAGAUCUUCCAUCGGAUGAAAGCAGACUUGGUAGAUAGUGCGAUAGUGCUUUUUGUACACCCCAGUGGUUCCUAUGCUAUGGCGGCGGGAAUUCAGUUGCGCUAACUUCCUCGUUCUGUGCGUCAAUAGAAUUUUUGUUCGAGUUCAAAUGAAAAAGUUGCCGUUCUAUUAGUGGUUUAUUGCUCCAUAUAUGACAUAUACAUGGAUCACUUACAAAUUUAAAUAUUUGCUAAAAACUGGAGUACACGUCAAUGAAGCCCAAGUAUGUGGUGUACAGCCGGGGGCCAAUGUAAAGUUGAAUAUUAUAUUUCUUGUCCCUAGUGAAGUGAACUUAUCACAUACCUAUAACAUAUGAAAAGUGUACACUAGCCUGUAACCCUUAGAAUCGUGUGGCUUAAACAUAGCAUGCAAAUUUUUAUCAAACUUCCUGUAACGAGUGACUACAAAGAUAAUAGAGUCGAACUGUAAUCGCAAGAGUUCUGAUAUUUCUGUGUAAAUAACGUGAUCAUUAAACGAAAUAUAAAUGCGAUGUCUAGUGAAACAAGUUUGUAAUUCGAAGAAAAUGAAAAAUGUCACGCUGUUCCUAUCGUUUUGUUGGAUACUUUGGUUCUCGCAGAUAUUUGCCAUUUCAACAAUGUUUGGUGGGUUACCGGAUAUACCAGCAAAUCCUGCUGUGAUAACUUUAGGAGACAAAGCACCCGAGCUCAUUUUAGAUGAUCCUCUAAAUGGUGACGACGCUGAAACAAUCGAUGCAUCAACGAACAACACCGAAGAUAAUCAAGAACAACCUACAUCAAAAUCCUUCACUCAAGAUGGUAUUGUAAUUAUGUCGGAGCCAAAGUCUUCAAAGAAAGAAGUCGUCUUGCCACAAGAAGUGCCGCCAGAUGAACCCCCUCCUCAAGUAGAUGAUUCUGGUGGCAGAACAGUGAGUCGUCAUCAAGAUGCGAGCAAAAACAUUCAAGAUGUUAAAGAUAGUCACAUCUCUGCGCCACAGGACGCUGCGGCUAUUUUAGACAUUCCAGUAUCAUCAGGUGAAGACACUAGCUCCUCCCCAUCUCCACCACCUGAAGUGAAUCUCACGGUUGAGGAAAAUCCCAUGCCAGUGUUCUCCGAAUGGGCUCAGAAGCGGAUGGAGGAAGCAGAAAAGAAACUUGAAAAGGAGGUCGUUAAUUCGUCAGCAAUGAAGAAGAACACAGUUACCGGUAAUAAACAGCAGCCAUUAAAGUUACGCACGAAGAACUAUGCAUCACCAGAUUGCGGUGCGAAAAUUAUCGCUUCCAAUGCGGAUGCUCAAAACACGGGGGCACUACUGACUUCGACGAAAGAUGAAUAUAUGUUAAGUCCAUGUACCAAUCGAAUAUGGUUCGUUGUUGAGCUAUGCGAAGCGAUUCAAGCCGAGAAGGUUGAUUUGGCAAACUUCGAAUUAUUUUCUUCGUCACCUAAAAACUUUUCUGUGGCUGUAAGCAACAGAUUUCCCACCAGAGAAUGGUCAAAUGUGGGGCGGUUUGUAGCUGACGAUCAACGUAACAUUCAAAGCUUUGCAUUGCAUCCACAUUUAUUUGGCAAGUUCGUCCGUGUUGAUAUUCAUUCGCAUUACAACUCGGAGCAUUUUUGUCCGAUUUCGUUGUUUCGAGUCUAUGGAACAUCGGAAUUCGAAGCCUUUGAAACGGAAAAUCGUCUACCGGCCGACGACUUAGAUGACUUUGACGACGAAGAUGCCGCUGAAGUUAGUGGAAAUAAUCUUAAUAAAAAUGAAAAUAAUUUGUUUAAGUCAGCCAGUGACGCAGUUUUAUCGAUUGUGAAGAAAGCGGCCGAAGUUCUAGUCAAAACAAAUUCAAAUAAAACCGAAGCCGAUGCAUUGGCGUCGAAUAAAACGAGUUCGAAAUUACAGUUCGAACAACAGUGCUCCACUCUGCGGCAUGCCUUCAUCUGCGAAAAGUGCGAGGAAUCGAUCGUGAAUCGGACCAACGACUUACUUUCUUGUCGAUAUAAUCAAUUAAUUAGUCUUUUAGGUAUAGAAAUAUUACGCGCUCAUUUGCUGACAUCACAGAUUUGUGCCAAACGAUUUAAUUUAGACACACUAGCAUAUGAUAGCCUAGCAUGCACCAGUCAUUCAAGUCCGUAUUUGGAUGAACAAAAUAGCUUCAUAUUGAAUGCUUUUCCGCUCGAGUAUCUAGCUGCGAUCUGUCAUAUUCUUGUUACAGAUAUAAAUUCUAAACGUCAUUCUCGAUACGGAUCUACUGGGCCUGGGAGUGAUUCAGCCAUGAAUCUUACAAUUGAUCAGAAACCUGGAACUGGGCAGUUUGUUAAUAUCGAAAAUCGUAGUCGUCAUGCUAAGCCAGUCCCCAAAAGCAAGUUGCCCAAAUUGCCCACAAAAGACAGCACGGGUGGUACAGUUGUGGUGAACCCUAGUAAAAAAAUUGAUCUAAGUAAGGGUCGUGAUGAUGAACAUACACCAUCGCAGUCGGAAGGUAAUACGAAGACUGAAAAUGAAAAAGAUCCCAAGACUAGGGAUUCUGAACGAAGUUCCACUACUGCAAAUAGUGGCACUGACUCAGUUACGAUUCAAAAAGACAUAGAUAUUAGCCACAGUGAAGAGUCCAAACCAAUUUUGGUACCAGAUGUCAACAUUUUUAAUCUGGUUGACGAUGUUCCAGAAACGGGAGGGGAAUCUGUGGAUGAGUCCACAGAGGGUAAAUCUGCGGCUGAUGAAAAUGUUGGAGACAGCAACGAACUAGCUUCGUCGCAGAAUAAAAGUGAAGAAGUAAAUAAUAUUCAAGAUUCCACGGGUGCAGGUGGAUCGGCACUGGAUAUCGAACCUACUACGUGGGAUAAUAUUGAUCAUAUGCUUAACGAGCAGGGGACCAGUGACACAGCGGAAACUUCGGAGGGAGGCUCAUCGUUCACACAGCAAGCACCGCAGCGUGUUCACUCAGAAAGUGUGUUUUUAAGGCUCUCAAAUAGAAUUAAGGCGCUUGAACGCAACAUGUCGUUAUCUGGCCAGUACUUAGAGGAACUAAGUCGACGGUACAAGAAACAAGUUGAAGAGCUCCAGCAUUCGUUCGCGAAAACAUUGGCAACAAUCGACGAGCAAAAUCGCCGUGCCUUAGAGAAGGAGCAGAUCCUCAUCACGCAAAACAGGAAUCUCAACGAGCAGUUAAAUGAAAUAUCUACUCGUCUAAACAAUUGGAUAGUUUUCGGCAUUUGUUUUUUUGUAUUUCUUAUGUUUCAAACAUUCGUCUUGUGGCUACGCAGUCAUCGAGAAAACAGGCGAAUACUUAAGCAUUUCGAGGAGAGCUCCUUAUCGCAAAGGAGACGAUCUACUCCGAGGAAGAAGUUGUUAAGGCAAAAAUCAGUUGAGGGUGUAUCUGGACAUCCAAGUCCAACACAUAAGUCGCGUCGGCCUAGCGAGGAGGCAGAUCGUAUUUCGGGCAGUUAUAAAAAUUUACUUAUAGAUGACGAAGUUCAAAAUAUUGGUGGAAUGGACGAGGCGAAAGACACCUUCGGCGAAAUGGGCGUAAAAACGGCAAAACCGCGGAAUAGAAAAAUAUCUUCGGCGCGGAGAAAUGGUUCCUUAGAGCCAAAGGCUUUACUUUUCGGCCGUCAGGAAUCCGCUCCUGGAGACUUUGUCCGUCCCAAUGUAUCUCCCUCGGUAGGGAGUCAAGAAGAUGACGGAAUGAUUUUAGAGGAUGACUAUGAAACGUAUGUUCCAGGAACGGAUUUAGCCUAUAAUGAGUUUAUGCCAGAAGGUCCCUCGGGAAGCCAAAUGAAUGGAAAAGUGCAGAAUGGUACUAAGACGUCCAGCAAGAAAACAAGCAAAGUUCGAAGACUUUCCUCACCCAGCUUCUUGAAGUCAACAUUCAGUCGAAGUGGAAGUGCGAAGAAAUCAGCUCAUAGUCCAACUGGAUGGGAAUGGUAUCGAUUGCGAAAGUCUGAACCGAAAUCCACGGCUCCAUCUGCUGCGGGCGAUACAAAUAGGACCAAUGCGUCGCCUUCUAGUCAACAGGCUAACGAUGUUAAUGGCAAACCAUCGAAGAAAUCGAGAUCCGAAAGUCCCGAGCUUUCAAUAAAACUGAAUGGAUUCGGAAACGGUUCAUCGACACCGAAUUCAUCGAUAUCAACAGAUGUGAUGGCUGCUAGCAGUAACCAUAAUGGUAGCGAUGAUUCGAUACGGACAUCGGAAACGUCAUUAACAACGGCAGGGUCAAUAUUAAGCAAUGGUAAUCGUCAUAGUUCCAGUACGAAAAAACACGGUAGUUUUAGGCGAAUAUUGAAAAAAGUCUUUUAGAAGGAUAUUCAGUCGAUUAUGUGUUAGAACUAGGCAACAUACAUCAAAAUGGUAGGAAUGCUUGUUGAACCGCAAACAGAUUGUGAAUUCCGUCUCACAAUCGCCGAUGCCUUUAACUGGAAUAGUUGAAAUUCUGUGAUCAUGAUUUCGCAAUAAAUUGCAACUUUUAUUAGACAAAUCUAAAGUUAUUUUACCAUCAAUGGAUGGCUACUACUGUGAGAAACAUUGGAAAGUUGAGAGAAGAAAGAAAGUGAAGGUUUUUCGCGUGGCAUCACACUCGUUCUUGCGUCUCUUAAUAAUAAUUUUGAAAAGCAUUUAGACACAUCUAUCGGUUUCAUUUGUCAGAUUUCUCAGCAAUUCAAAAUACUUCUUUCUGAUUACCAAAUCAUCACAUGCGGUCGGAAUAUGUAAUUUAGUAUAAAAUAUCUUUAGAUACGCAUUCCCCAAAUGCAACAAUAUUUCCUUUGCUUUCUACUCUUUGCUCUCCCGCUAAUAAUGUCGCCUUUUAAAUAUCGUAUUUGUAAGGUUUUGGCCGAUAAAUGAUGACAGCGGAAGUUUUAUUUUGAUGUAUGCAAAACGCUAAAAAGAUUCCUUUACUUUAAUUUAGGAGAGAAAAAGAAACAAACCAAACAUAACCAUUUUAAAUGGACAAAAUUGGAAGGAACGUACAAGGCUGAUUAACUUUGUCGAUAGGAUUAAAAUAUUUGGUUGAAUGUGAAUUUUGUUCAGUUUUAAGAGUAGCUAAGAAUCAAAGAAUGCAUGUUCUGUAUGUAUUUAGUAUACGUUUUGUUGCCGUUGUUUGGUCAAAUUCCCUUCUGUCGAUCGCAACGUCUCCCGCAUUCGUUGAGUCGACCUAAAUUUGAAAGUUUUCAAGUGCGAGACUGUUUGUUGUGGUAUUACACGAUGACAUACCAGUGCUUAGAAAUACGUUUGCCCAUCAAUAUUAUUAGACGUACCUAUUAGAAUAUUCUGUUCGUUUUAUUAUGCAUUAUUUAUUAUGAAACUAUUAUUUAUCAUAUUCUCCUUUGUAUUUUAAUCAUUCUCAUUUCGAUUCUAAUUAUAGAUAGUUCACGAACAUGAUAUUUAUCAUGGAAAGUUAUGAAUUUUUCGCAGCAAGAAUCAUAAGACAGAGCUUACGGAAAGAUAGCAUAUUUUUUUAGAUGUACAUAUAUAGGGCGUAUUCGAGCGAAUUUGUAAAUUACUAUGUACCCAAUUUAUUAUUCGAACGACCUCAGCAGCAAUCUUAGAAACAAUAGAAAUAAAAUCAAGUGUUGAGGUCACAUGAAACUCUUGCUUAUGAGAAUAUUAAUUAAAUACAAGCCCCGAGCUAGGUCUUUGAACCGCAUAGAUAUGUGCGUUUAAUCUUAAGAAAUCGUUAUAAAUCGCAAACAAUAUUCGAAGUAGCAUAAAAUAUAUUCAUUUAAAAAUAAAAGCAAAUGUUUACGAUACGCCGACUUUGUGUAUAUAAAAUACAUUUUAUUCUUUAACAAUAGUUUAGUUGCUAGAGAUUUUGUAAAAAUAUAUAUAAGCUAGCAAGUUUCGAAAUGAGUUUAUAGAAAACACUCGAAAUAAAGAGAGCCAAAAAUUGAUAUUGAAAUUCA